AUGUCCGUGCUGGAAGGAAGCCCAUGGGAACCAACCAGAGAGUUCGUUCCGACCGAGGAGACGCCGACGAUCCGGCCGGAGACUGGCAGGUGCGCGGAGAAAAGACUGGUCUCCGGUCCGGUAGUGUGUGUUUGCCGCGCGGGAAGGACGGACGGACGGAGAGGAGGACUGGCGCCAAGCGGUGGCACAUAUCACUCUUUUCAACGGUCGCAGUGCCCCGACUACGCUAUUUCUGGUUGUGCUGUGUUGCACAUGCACCCUCCCACCCCGCCGGCCCGAAUCACUUUUCGCUUCUCUCUUCCGAAAGAGCCGAUUAGAACGCGAUUGACCAUUCAUUAACUGGGCUUCACUCUACAGUCUUUUCUAUUUCAAACAACCGCGCUCUAGUGAGACUUUUCCGAUACUCUCACCAUCCAGAACAGCAACGAAUCUUCUGCCAGAGCUCUGAGAGAAACAGUUAUUUGAUUAGUUAUUUGAAAAAAGUUCCAUCUCACUCGCCACAACUCGGCGUGUUUCUGUUUACCUUUCGUCUUCGAUAUCGGAAAUGCCAAGCCCAGAUCCACAAACAUUCUUGACAUCCAUUCCAUCCCGCCCCGUGAGCCACGUCAUUAUACAUUUCAGUCAGUCAAGGCGUUUCCCUUCUUCGCAAACAGCACUUGCCACCAACAGAACUAGUGAACAAAUAGCCUGUUUGUUGUGACGAUUUCCCCUCACGCCGUUCCGAAAUCAUGACAUAUUGCUAGAGCUCAUCCAGAAAAACAAUACCGGAAUAUGGGUAAUUCUCUCGUUCCAGGUCCAUCAAUCGCCGCGAAUGAAGGUGUUUGCAUUGGGACUCGACGAGAAUCAGAAGGCCGAUCGGGCUGCCGAAGAAGGAAAGGAAACGAAGAUCCCGAUUGAGUCGGUCACUUCGGGAGUCCCCGCUCCAGUCCCCGGCCAUUGUGAUCGCCAAGUCUCCAAAGCGCCGAUUCAAUGGAUUCACCUGUGGAAGUGAGUUUCCCUCCCUCGAUUACUGUACCCUUAGAUUCACCUCCAGUCCUCUCCUGGUUUGUCGGCGCCUGCUGCCUCGUCCUUCUCUGUCUUGCCAUCUCCGAAGUCGCCUACCAUCGUCAACGUGACCAAGCGUUCCUUCGUCUGAAGUGGGCGGAGCUCAGACAGCGCAUGCUGGGCUACGAACUGCUCUCACAGCAACAAGAACUCGACCGCCUCGCCCUCGAGAAACAGUCCCCGUAAGUUUGACUUUUGACCAAUUCGUUCAAAUUCCAAACCAAUGAAUUCUGCAGCGUUGAAGCACUGCCUCUUCGCCGAAGCGAUGACCCUAUCAAACCGAAAAUCGUUGAUGUCAUCCAUCCGGCGCAGUUGCAAGACAACAAAGCCUCGUCCGCCGUUUCCUCCGCAUCUUCUUCGGAAGAGUCGAACGAUGGUGUCAAACCAGUCUUCAGUCAAUAUGCAAAUGAGGUGGGACUUCAGAAACAUCAGAAAACAUGUGAAUGCUUUUCAGCAAACCGAGAAGUUUGGAUUUCUUCAAGCGUUGAUGGAUAAGAUCAGAAAGCACGCGCAGAGCAUGGGACUCAAGGGAGAUAUGCAAGUGCAUGUCGUCGAGGUCAAGCCUCUUUUCUCUGGAAAUAAGGACACGAGCGUCGAGGAUAACGCUUCGGUGAGUGUGAAUUUCAGAAAAAAACAGUGUAUUUUUUUUACGAAUACAUGUUCAGUUCGAACAAUCGUUGGCCGAUGGAUUCGGAGAGUACGCGAUGCCACAUCAAGACUUUGGACAGGCCAAUGAUGCCUAUGAUAAUGAGUGAGUUGAUUGUCUGAUUGUGUGCGGGGCAACUUCUUCUUCUUUUUCCUUCCAGCCGUCUCACUUUCGACCGUCACGGAAUGAACCGUCCAUUUGGUCCUUUCAACAGGUGCUUUUACUCACUUUCUUUCAUUUUCUUCCUUUGACUAAGCUUAUUUUCUCGCCGAUUCUUUCAACUCAUUCAACCCUUUCCAGAUUCGAGAGCCACCUCUACGAAGACUACUCGGAGCCAGAGCAGCAACAACAGAACAUUCAGCAGUUCCCCCAGAAAUUCCAGUGGAACAUGCCGCCACCACAAUUCGGAUUCCAGCAACAGCAGGCCAACUGGUGGGGACCACAACAACGUCAGCCGGUGGAAGUGCAGACGAAUCAGUGGAACGACGACUUCCAGAAGCCACGUUUCUUCCCCGGAUUCCCGCCAGUUCCAGUCGUUCAGUUCCAACAACAGCCGGCUCAACAGCAAUCGCAACAACAGCCAUGGUAUCAGCCGUACAACGACAACAAUCAGAAUCAGAUGCCGAUGAACAACGGAGCUCCUCAGGUGUGGCAGCAGAACGACGACUGGAUGGCCAAGACGCAAGAGAACCAGGCGAUGCCAUUCCAGCCGAACCCGACCGCUUCCCAGUGGAAUGAGCAGCCAUUGCAACAGCAGCAGCAGCAGCAGAACAAUGACUUCAAUGCUCGCAUGGACGUCAUCUCGGACGACGCCGUCGCUCCUCAGUCCACUGUCAUUUCCGCCGACAGACCAGAGAAAGUGAACGUGAAGUCGUGGGUUCAGCCGGCAGAAGAGCAGGCCGCCGAAGAGAACGUUAUCUCUCCGGACCCAACACUCGAGUCGAUCGACGACGGAAAGUUCCUUCCUAUCCGUUCCGACGACAAACCGAUUGAUGCCGCCGACGCGCACCUCUUCCAGAUCGACGACCCGUCCAGUUUCAAACGCUAA